AUGUCUAGCCCUGCUUUGGGCAGUCCUAUAAACGGACAUGUGACCGAAGAUGAUGAAAACGAUUCGCAUAAUCCCACACAACGCUUCCGAAGUAACAGCGAUGCCUCCAAUCGCUCUCUGACUCCGUCGCAACAACCGUCCCCCGCGGAGUCCUUCAGAGAUGUCAGUCAUGGCGCAAACAAGAUCUCGGAUGACGAUCGCAUGUCAGAGAGCGCGGAAUCUAGCGCUGAUGAUGCGUCGCACGAUGCUGAUUUCGACGUGCACAAUGAGCCCCCCUCUCCCAAGGAUCACGACGCCGAGCCGCGUCGCCGAGCCAGUUCCAGCGACUCGAAUCAAGCUUCCAAGCGAAAAGCCUCAGUCGACGAGGAAGAGUAUAUCAGAGCCAAUCCGGAGCUCUAUGGCCUGCGUCGUAGUCGACGCCCUCAACCGCAAAUCAAGCUGGCGGAAUCUGAUUCCGAAUCCGAUGCUGAACCCGUUAGCCGUCGUCAGAUCAAGAGACGACGUGUUGAUGACUCUCGUGUUUGUAUGUCAUGCUCUGCGAUUCUUGAAGCUGCCAUCCACCGACUGACAGAACCACUAGCCUCCAAGCGAGCAACCCCUGUGCUACAAUUGUCGACCAAUGAUUCCGAUUCCGACUCAGACACAUACGGUGGAGCACGGGCAAAGAGUCAGAUCAAACGAGCUCGACAACGCCUGGAAGCUCAGCCUGCUCUGGCCCUCACGGAGAAGCGCUGGUCUAGCCGACGGGCCGCGCAGCAAGUCCAACAAGGGGCCUACGAAGAGAGCGACGCCGAAGAAGAAGAAGAAGACACGGAAGUUGGUCAGGGUUACUACGUUGCCGACUAUGUCGAUGACUCACCCUACGUCGAAAAGGUCGUUAAACAUCGCAUCAAAGCCGAUGCUGUUCUCGCUUUUGAUUCCAGCCGACAUGACUUUGAGUACUUUAUCAAAUGGCAAGGAAAGUCAAACUUGCACGACACGUGGGAAACCAUCGACUCCCUUCGCAACGUGCGUGGUUUUCGCAAAGUCGAAAACUACUUUCGAAAGCUUGUCGAGUAUGAACUCGAUAUUCGCUUUGGUGACGAAAUGGCUCCAGAGACAAAGGAACAAUACUUUCUCGACCGCGAACGUGACGAAGAGGCGUUCGAGGACUUCACCAAGGUUGAAAGAGUCGUCAAUGUCCGCGAAGGAGAAGAUGGCACCGAAUACUUUGUCAAAUGGAAGGGUCUCACCUACGAAGAAUGCACGUGGGAACAGGCCUCUGCAAUCAGCGCUCAGUUUCAAGACAAGAUUGACCAGUAUCUUGACCGAGCAUCGAGACCAUGGCAUUCGGAUCGCAAGGAAACCAACUUGGACACACGUUCUAGGAUGACCAAGCUUGAUGCCCAGCCCAAGUACAUACAAAACGGCGAGCUGCGUCCCUUUCAGCUUCGUGGGCUCAACUUUCUCUGCCUCAACUGGUGCCGAGGCAACAAUGUUAUCCUUGCCGAUGAAAUGGGUCUCGGCAAAACGGUUCAAACUGUCUCGUUUCUUAGCUGGCUGCGCAACUGUCGCAAGCAAGAAGGGCCAUCGCUUGUUGUUGCUCCUCUUAGUGUUAUCCCAGCUUGGUGCGACACGUUCAAUAAUUGGUCACCAGACCUGAACUACGUCGUGUACCUAGGCCCUGAAGACGCACGUAACAUCAUUCGCGAAAAUGAGUUGCUUGUUGAUGGCAAUCCCAAGAAACCAAAGUUCAAUGUUCUCGUCACAUCGUACGAGUUCAUUCUUCAAGACUGGCAGUUUCUUCAGUCCAUCAAGUUUCAAGUUCUUGCAGUUGACGAGGCUCACCGCCUCAAGAACAGCGAAUCGCAGCUCUACAUGCGCCUGGUUGGAUUUGGUAUUCCCUGCAAAGUGCUCAUCACUGGAACACCCAUACAGAACAAUCUUUCGGAACUUGCUGCACUUUUGGACUUCUUGAACCCAGGCAAGGUGAAGAUUGACCAAGACCUAGACACGCUCGCCGCAGUUGAUGCACAGGAAAAGCUGCAGGAGCUACACUCCGCCAUCGCGCCAUAUAUUCUACGCCGAACCAAAGAGACUGUGGAAUCUGAUCUGCCACCAAAGACGGAAAAGAUUAUUCGCGUUGAGCUUUCUGAUGUUCAGCUAGACUAUUACAAGAAUAUCUUGACCAGAAACUAUGCUGCGCUCUCUGAUGCCAGCAGUGGUCACAAGAAUUCGUUGCUGAAUAUCAUGAUGGAGCUCAAGAAGAUCAGUAACCAUCCCUACAUGUUUCCCGGCGCGGAGGAGCGAGUUUUGGCUGGCAGCAUCCGUCGUGAAGACCAGAUCAAAGGUCUCAUCACGAGUAGCGGAAAGAUGAUGUUACUGGAUCAGUUGCUCUCCAAACUGAAGAAGGACGGCCACCGUGUUCUCAUCUUCAGCCAGAUGGUCAAGAUGCUCGACAUCCUUGGUGACUACAUGUCUCUCCGUGGCUACAAGUUCCAGAGAUUGGAUGGAACUAUUGCAGCGGGCCCCAGAAGAAUGGCCAUCAACCACUUUAAUGCAGACGACAGCGAAGAUUUUUGCUUUCUUCUAUCUACUCGCGCAGGUGGUCUCGGCAUUAAUCUCAUGACAGCAGACACUGUCAUCAUCUUCGAUUCUGACUGGAACCCUCAAGCAGACUUGCAGGCCAUGGCCCGAGCCCACAGAAUUGGUCAAAAACGCCCCGUCAACAUCUAUCGUCUUGUCUCCAAGGAAACUGUGGAAGAAGAAGUCUUGGAGCGGGCGCGAAACAAGCUGCUGCUAGAAUACCUCACCAUUCAGGCCGGUGUUACGGAUGACGGCAAGGCUGCAUUCAAGGAGGAGCUGAACAAGAAAGGCAUCAAGGUUGAUGGACCAUCUUCCAAUGAAGACAUCCAAAUGGUUUUGAAAAUGCGCUCCUCCAAGAUGUUCGAGCAAAGCGGCAAUCAGGAACGCCUCGAGCAGCUCGACAUUGAUUCUAUUCUCGAGAAUGCAGAAGUCACAAAGACCAAGGUUGAUGACAAGAUUAACCUUAGUAGUGGAGGCAUUGACUGGGACAACUUCAUGCAAAUCACUGAUGUCAAGGUAGACGACAUCAACCUUGACUGGGACCAGAUCAUUCCAGCCGACAAGCUAGUAGAAAUCAAAGCUGAGGAAGAUAAGCGCCAGCACGAUGAUUACCUGGCCAAGGUCGCCGCUGAGAGUGCACCACGACGUGCUGCAGUGAAGAGCCGCAAUCGAGAGUCUGAACGGGCUGACCGCCUCAAGAAGCGACAGAGGGAACAACAGCAGGAAGAGGAAGAGGAACGUGCCCUGCGAGCUGAUCCCAAACGACCUCUCAAUGACAAGGAUCAGCGUAACCUGAUCAAAGCCUAUUUCCGUUUUGGCUCAAUUGAUGACCGACGAGAUGACAUCAUUCGCGAAGCAAAACUUGUCGAUCGUGAUGCUGACUAUGUCAAGUCGGUUCUAGACGAUUUCAUCAAAGCCGCUCAGACAGCUGUGGAUGAGAAUCUCGACAGAAUGGCCGAGGAAGAGAAGAAGAUGGGCAAAACCCUGACGAAGAAGGAUAAGAAAGCUGUCUUGAUCGACUUUGGCGAGCUGAAGAAGGUCAAUGCCGAAACGGCCAUCGAGCGACCAAAGCAGUUACAGCUUCUUCGCGAUGCCAUCCGAAGCCAAGCUGAUUGGAGAACAUACCGUCUCCCUGACGCAACCAAGGGUGCAAACUACAGCUGCCCAUGGGGUGCCAAGGAGGAUGCUAUGCUUCUUGUUGGUAUUGAUAGGCACGGAUUUGGAGCAUGGGUACAGAUCCGUGAUGAUCCGGACCUUGAGCUCUCGGAAAAGUUGUUCCUCGAGGAGCAUCGUGUUGGCAAGAAGGAAGAAAGAUCCAAGGCCAAUGACAAGCUCAAGGCCCCAGGCGCCGUACACCUUGUGCGACGCUCUGAGUAUUUGCUAUCAGUCCUUCUUGCAAGACAGUCUAAUGAUCGCCCUGGACUUAGAGCGCCCGAGGGUCAUCGUGCAAAGAAACAGCCCUUGCCCAAUGGCCAUCGUAACAGCGCGGCAGCAUCUCCAAGUGGACAAACUACGAAACGUCCCCGAGAGAAGGAGCGAGAUCAUGAUCGUGGAACUCCGCGACCAGAACUCAAGCGCAAGCACGUUUCUCAUGAAGAUUCUCGCAUCCCCAAACAUCAACGAGCUGAAGACGGGCGCCGCAGCAGCAGGCCUGACGACCGAAAUGACAGGCAUGAGAAGGCUCGACGCCGAGAUGAUGACGACCGUGACCGACGCCGGGAGAAACCUCGUCACAGGGAUGACUACCGCAGAGACGACUACCGUCGCGAUGAUUACAGACGUGACGACCGGCGUGAUGACCGGCGCGAUGACCGGCGCGAUGACCGGCGUGACGACCGGCGUGACGACUACCGCUACGACGAUAGACGUGACGACCGACGUGACGACCGGCGUGAUGACAGGCGUGACGAUAGACGCGACGACCGACGCGACGACCGACGUGACGAUAGGCGUGAUGACAGGCGUGACGAUAGACGUGACGACAGACGUGAUGAUCGCCACGGGGACCGCGAGAGAAGCCAUCACCAUGAGCAUCGUCCUCUUGAUGAAAGGAGAGCCAAGGCGCUUCGCCGUCUGGACGAGCUACGCCACAUCGGUGACAACGCGGAUCAGCGUGCGCAGGACAACGACGCUAUGAUCUGGUACUUGCUCAAGCCUGUGCGAGAGAAUUUUGAAAGGAUUCUUUCGACAACAAAGCACAAAGUCAAGUCGAGCAAGGAGCGCGCAUCAAUCUUUGCUGUAGAGCUUGUAGUAAUCGGAACUUUUCUUGACGAGAAACUUCCAGCUACUGUCGCGGAUGGAGGACUGAAGGAUAAUUUCUGGGAUUUUCUGGCUGCUCUCUGGCCUGUCGAUGAUACGAGCAUGAGUGUAACGGGCGAGCGACUGAGCAACAUGUACAAAACGUUGUACGCUCGCAACAAGCAAGGCAGCUCAGUCAGGCCUAGCACAAAUGGUGCGUAG